UCAUAAACGCGGUGGUGUGUUUACUGACCGCCUGACACUUUGGCGAUCCGCCUUGCAGAGCGCAUGUGGGCUGUCACCCCGUUGGAUUACACCAUGAGGAAGCACUACAGGGCUUGUUGCUCGUCGGACUUUCUCCUAUAAGAAGAUGAGAGCUUUUGUGUUCAAAUUGAUGAGUUCCGGGACAUCCAUGAAAGGAACGUUAAGUGUUUACAUUGCAGAAAUGUCCACAACUGUUAGUCCAACCAUUCCCUCCUCACAGCUGACGUCGGAUCAACUCACCGUUGUCGCUGCAUGCUUUUCCUCCCUGGUGUUCUUUGUUGUUAUUGUGCUGCUCCUGUCCAUCAUUUACCGCAAGGAUCCUCAGUGCUGCAGAUUCCGCUCCUAUCAGGGGCCGCAUGCAGAUAUGGAUGCUCCUCCUCAGUACUACAGCAGCAGACAGACCCUGGUGGGAUCUCCUUGUUCAGUGCAGACUAACAUCCCAGAUGACAACAAUACUGGGGCGGGUCAGCUGUUCUACGUCGGCCUGCCCUCCAGCUACGGUCUACCUUCUCUGGAGGCCCCCCUGCCCAGACUGCCCUCCUACGAGAGUGUCCGUAAAAAAGAUCGCCAGAGGCAGAUCCACAUGAUGAUUGCAGACCGCUUCGGCCUCAAUGGACCUAUUGAGACGGAGCCACCGCCAUCAUAUGAAGAGACCAUCCGUCAGUCUGAGGAGCUGCCGUACGACAUCCUCUCAUCUAGUUUGGAGACUUCUCCCACGCUGAGGGACCACGGCAACGUUCAAAAUGACCCACCUCACCUAAACAGCUCAGAGACCAGCCGCAGCGUUCUUCCUGUGUGAUGCGGGCCGACUUCUCAAGACUGAUGAUGAAUGUGAAAAACACACACAUGGAGUGGAACUGUGAAACAUACAAUGGUUGGAUGUUGAUUCAAAUACCUCAAGACUGACUUUACAGUAUGCCAUGGGGAGCUGGGCAACCAAAGAGCAGCUGCACACAUUUGUGCAACACCUGAUUAUGGAAGGAGACUUCAUGAUGCUGGUACAACUUGAAAAGUCGUUAUGAACAUUGUGGACUGAAAUUGCCAUACAGAGAAUUUAUCUUCAUGUUGCUUGAUGAAGAUAUUGGGAAGUGAAAGUUACUCCCUUGGCUUUUUAUUCUACUCUGUGGACAUCACGAGGUCUAUUUUAGGGUGUCUUGAGCCAUAAUAUGAGUCGAAUGCAUGGAACAAAUAAUAAUACAAGUUAUUAUUUGAUUAAAAUGAUCAUGAGGGCGGGGCAGGUGUGGGUACUCAAUAAACCGGACGGUAAAGAGAAAUUUUACUUUCGCUCUCACCUGAGCCACCGCAACAUACCUGUUGUCUGGUUACACAGCGUAGAUCAUGCACCACUGACGUCCUGUUCAGUUAAGGUUCAAAAUAAAAGCAUAGCAGUAUUAACCUGGAUUCUACAACACCAGGCUUUAAAGGAAUAGUUUGGAUUUUUUGACAUGAAGUUGUUUGACAUCCCCCAUUAGCAGUGUAGUCCAUUAACAGCAACUUACCCCCCACUUGGUCUCCUAAGUGCAGUUGUGGUUUGAUUUUGGUGAUGCAGAACGUAGUUCCGCUUAGUUGCUGGGGACAUUUAAGUAAAGAGUUUGGCUUCCCCAAGCAAUGUGCAUUCAAAAGAGUAAUACAUUUGCGUCACAAAAAUGCCUUCUCAAAAAAAUCAGACCUCACAAAACGCUCGACGUUAUAUAUGUCUCCCGCCAUAUCCCUGCACGCUGUCGCCUGUGCACUCACGAUAAUACCACUCUUCUUCCGCGACGGAGCGCCGUGGCCAUCUUCUCAUUCACCAUAAGCUGGUAAUGCUUUAGAAACACUUGAUUAUACGGGUAAAAUGUACAGCAUACAUGCACCAAUGUUAGAAAGCUCACCGUUUUUACAUGUUUAUGUCUUUCUGCUUUACUGAUAAGAUUUUUUCGUCAACAUUGAGACUUUGUACUUUCUCCGGCAGUCCUUCAAAGCGCCAUAGUUUUGUGUUGUGCCUGUGACUUCGAUUCCAUCUUUAAAAUGCGUUUAAUAAAUGUGUGAGGCAUACACUACCGGUCAAAAGUUUUAGAACACCCAGAUUUUUCCAGUUAUUUAUUGAAAUUCAGGUCAUUCAAGUCCAAUGAGUAGCUUAAAUGGUACAAAGGUAAGUGGUGAAGUGCCAGAGGUUAAAAAAAAGUAAGGUUACCCAAACCUUAAAAAUGAUGUGUAUUUCAGAAUUGUACAAAAAGGCCUGUUUCAGGGACCACAAAUAGAUCAACAAUUUAAAGCUGUUCUGCAGAAAUGGAGGUUGAUGAAGCCUUGGCAAUUGGUGCAACUAAUUUAUACAGGUGUUCCAAGUUCUAGAGUACUUACUACCUCCUCUGUCUGCAUAAAAGCAGCGUUCAGUACUAUACCCUUGUGAACAUCAGUUGAACAGCAUUGUACUGGAGAAAAUUAAUUUGUUGCUACAAAAAUGGCAAGAAAAAAUGGACUUAACAAUGUAAACAAGACAGACAUCUUAACACUUAAAUAUGUUUUCCUCCACAGAUUUUGGAGUGUUCUGUUUUGACUGGUAGCGUAUUUUGGCCUAAAACCUGGAUUGUGUCGCGAGUGAACAAUGGCAAUUAAAGGACGUUUCUGAAGAUGAAUCCAAUCAAAUAAUUACAACAGUCACUUUUAUUGCAAAUGUUGAUCCGAAAUUGGAUGAGAACAUCAAUGCCAAGCUAGGAGGAGGGUUUGUUUGGAGCCAAAUCCUCAGUUCUGGUGCUCCUGAGCUGCAUGGUGCCGCUUGUGGAUGUGGGGACAUCAUGCUGCCCUCAUGGAGACUGUGACAGUUGGGCAGAAACAAGCAGGAGGAGGUCAGUUUGUUGUCCUCCUCCUGUUGCUUUUCGCUCAAAGGCGCAGAUAGCAACUCUGCUGCUAGGUUGCUCUCCUACGGUGCCAUCUCUCUCUCCUGAUGUACUGGCCUGUCUCCUGGUAUCUCCUCUACCUUUUACUAACCAAGCAAUUUCUGUGGGUACCACUAGUCACCAGAAAGUUAGAGAAAUGUAAAACUAGACAAGAAUCAGCCAUAAAGGAGAAGGAAAAGGAAAUGGUCACCACCUCUAAAAACAUUCCACUUGUUGUCGUCUGUCUCGUUUCCUAACAUGACAGGUUAGUAUAGGUGUGAUUGACUUGGAGUUACACGGUGAUGGUUAUGUGUUAACUGUGUAUUAUAUAUACACCAUCAUCUCACGCAACUACACACUCUGUAUGUCAUGGAAAAUGGGAGCGUAAAACAAGUGUCAAACAAAUUCAUCCAAAAUAUUAUGCAAAAUCCAAACACAGUCUCCCGACUUAGUGUGAACAUGGAAUAAAAAAUAUUGUAGAAAUGAUAAGUUCCCUAUUUAGACCUGGGUGUACCUCACAAGCACACAUUUUUUUAGUCCCCAUUUGUAUUUAUUGAGGAAAAAUGACCCAUCAUUAUUCAUUUGCACCAGCAA